UGAAAUAGAGUGAAGGUUUUUUUUUGCGUUUUUGUAGUUUACACUUUCAUUCGUUUUCAAGCUUUUUGAGUUUAUAAAUUUUCAGAUUUGCUGAUGGUUAAAAAUAACAAAACAAGUAUUGAAGUAUAUUAAAUUUACAAUAUAACAUUUGUAUUGGCAUGAGAAAGUUUGCUAAAAGUUUGUAGAGCACAUGUUAAUGUAAAAAAGUAGCAGGAUAUAAAUAUAUGCUCUAAUAUAAAAACUAACACUGGACCAUUAAUCGGAAUUUCGCCAAGGUAAGGCGGGUUAUGGAAGGUGUUGCAAAUGAAGUGGCGGCUUCAACUGAAUCGCGAAUGCCAGCAAUAAAAAGUGACGUAGUCAAGGAUGUGUAUUUAGUCACCAAGGACACCUUCAUUGGCGAACAUAAAGUGCAGAGGGAUAACAAUGAUUCAAUGACAGAAUUUAAUGCCACUCGUGACGAAAUACGUGCUGUCCAACUGGACGCUUUACCUGAUGAGAUAUUAGAGUUCAUACUUACCUAUUUACCACCUUAUAGAGAUUUGGAAAGCUGUAGACUAGUUUGUAAACGUUGGAAUUCGGUAGUAAAAAAUUUAAUUCGGCGUUCGAAAUUAAACUUACAUAAAGGAUUAAUUGAUUAUCGAUUAAGAUGGGAAAUAUUUUCACAGCAGACCGCUGCGAAUGUAGCAGAAUGUAAAAAUGUAACAACAAAUUUAGCAACACCUCCCAGUCCACCACCAGUUAUCGCUGGACGAUUUUCUCAUUCAGCUGUAAGACAUGGAAAUUCGAUGUAUGUUUUUGGUGGGGGUUCAUCCUCUGAUACUACGUUCAAUGACUUGUGGCGCUUCGACUUAUCCGAAAUGAGUUGGGAGCGACCAUUGUCAAUGGGUUCCUAUCCGUCACCAAAAGGAAGUGCUUCUAUUGUCUGCUGGGGAGAUCAACUGGUAUUAUUUGGAGGAUGGCGAUACCCAUCACUGCAUCCACCAUAUCAACCAUGGUGCCUGUUCGACGAACUCCAUUUCUAUGACUUGAACAGUAAUCGCUGGACAUUACGUAUUACUUUGCCAAGUCCCCCUCCUAUGGCUGGACACUCAGCUAGUGUGCAUGGCGAUCGUAUGGUUAUAUUUGGUGGAUAUCAAAUCGCAGACGGUGUGAAUAGUAACUCAAAUGAAACAUGGUGCUUAAAUCUUAAAGAGUUGAAGUGGUGGCAACCACGAUUUAUGGGUAAUACGAAACCUCCUCCGCGGUAUGGGCAAUUUCAAUUGGUAUUGGACGAGCAUCACCUGUUGAUAGUGGGGGGCUGUGGUGGCCCCAAUAGUGUAUACUCGGAUGCUUGGCUCUUGGAUAUGUCGCAAGAUUUAUGGUCUUGGCAUGCAAUACCAAUACGUAAUAAAAAAUACGGUGCGACACAUAUGUGGUGUAAUCCUGCAUGUAAGAUUGGCUCUAAAUUGGUUGUGCUUGGCCCCACGCCAAAUAUGCCACAAGACUUUCAAAUGAUGAAGCAGAUGCGAGUGCCUGUUAGGCUAUAUCGACGUCCAGGUGGAGCACAAGCAGAUGAUGGCAUAGGCGCUGCAGCUGCCGAAAUGCCUGCACCACGCUAUGGUGCAGUACAACAACAAAAUCAAAAUAAUCUCUUUGAUAGACAGCGACUUUUGGGCGGUGGCGUGCAAAUGGCUGCAGUUCCGCCAAAUCCUCAACCACCUAUGCAAAGACAACAACAACAACAACCACAGCAGCGACUUGACAAUGCUCGUUUAGGCGGACCCGAUGAACAAUAUUUUGCCAAUCGACGUGCAAUACUACAACAAAAUCAACAGCAACAAGUUAAUAAUAUAUAUAAUAACAAUAUUAAUGGUAGCCAUAACAACAAUCUUCAACCAAGACGUGGUCGUCUCGGUAACUUGCAUGCAAAUGCUGCAGAGGAGUGUAACCAAAACCGUCCAUCUUGUUCAAAUGCUGCUCCUACUGUACGCUCGCCGUCGCCGUCGCCGUCAACGUCAUCAUCAGCGUCAGCGUCAAGCUCAUCCAGUUCUCGUACAAAUGGUACUGCGCCGCCACGUAACGGUAAUGAAGUUAUUGCCGGCGGUAACAACUCUAACGAUAUUGAAGCUGCGAACCGUUUGCAGCGAAAUUUAGCAUUACGUUGUAGGGACAACGAACCGUUAUUGCCCAAACGUUUCGACGAAUUGUAUGAAGACCCAUUUCGUAUGGCAGCGUUUAAUGUGCAAAGCCGUCCUCGUAGCGUUUCAAAGGAUCAUAAUGAACGUAUACGUCGAAUGGAGGAAAAGAUGAAUGCUUUAAGAAAUUCAAGGCGUAGCGCAAUGGUGGGAGAACCUAAAGCCAUCAAAGAGCCAUCUCCUAAGCGUAUUAAACGGAACGUGCUAUCCUUAUUCGUAUGUGAUCUCUCGGCAGCAAUGGAUAAAGAUGAUCCUCACUUACAAUGGGUGGAGUACAAGAAUUAUGGUGUUAUACCUGGAGCUCCGGAAAGAUUGAUACUCUCUACUAUGGUUGCGGGACACGGUGAAUUGAUAUUAUUCGGAGGUGUACAUAAAGAAACUCUUGGUGAGAUAACGCAUCAAGUUUCGAACUCGGUCCAUUUCCUAAGCGCGCCGCGCGAAAUAAUUUAAGUUGUUAUCCUAAAGGUAAAUAUGGUAUAUUUAUGAAAUAAAGCUAAUUAUAUAUAUAUAUAAACAUA